AUGAAAAUAAUUCUAUUGCUUUUGGGAGCGUUUUGCUUAGCAAACGCUAGCCCAGUUCAUACCGCCGACAAAGCAUAUCUAAUCAAACAGAAGAGUAUCUACGAAUUAUUUUGGCACGUCGAUCAGCCGACGGUUUAUCACCCAGAACUCUACCAAAAGGCUCGUUCGUUCAGCAUUGAGGAUCACAUCGGUUCCUAUGCGGACAAGACUGCAGUGACCGAAUUCCUCCAACGCUGGAAACAUGGAAUGUUGCCACGAGGCCAAGUCUUCUCUAUCAUGUAUCCUCAACUUCACGAGGAAACUGUUUGUUUGUUCAAUCUCUUAUAUUCUGCUAAGGACUUUGACACCUUCUAUAACACUGCAGUAUGGGCACGAUUCAAUAUGAACGAGCAUAUGUUUAUUUAUGCUCUUAGUGUUGCCGUUCUUCAUCGUAGCGAUACCCAAUACGUUCGUCUUCCACCUCUGUAUGAAGUCCUGCCAAAUUUAUUCUUCAACGACGAUGUCUUACAUAAAGCAUACCAUCUUGGAAUGGGUGAUACUAGUUUAAAGAAGACCGUAGGUGGUGUUAAUUAUCACGUGAUUCACAGUAACUACUCUGGUUGGUAUCUCGUAAGGAACGAUGUACCUGAACAAAAGCUGACCUAUUUCACCGAAGAUGUUGGUCUUGGACAAUACUAUUUCAUGAGUAGCCACGAUUUCCCUUAUUGGAUGAACAGCGUUCAAUACAAAUUACCUACCAACGUUCGAGGUGAAAUGUACUUAUUUAAUCACAAACAAUUACUAACCCGUUACUAUUUGGAAAGAUUAUCAAAUGAUUUGGGCGAAGUUAACUAUGUUGAUGUCAACCAUCCAAUUGUUACUGGAUACUAUCCAACAAUGCACCAUCACAAUGGACUACCAUUCUCUCAUCGUGAAACCAAUACUGUAGUACCACUUUCCAUGCAUAAACAUGUACAGAAAGCUGAACAUCUUGAAACUCGUAUUGCCGAUGCCAUUGAUUCUGGUUACGUUGAAGAUGUUAACGGUCAAAAAGUAAAUAUCUAUAAUGAGGGAGGUCUCAAUAUUCUCGGUAACAUCAUCCAAGGAAACGCUGAUACAUUAAAUCCAAAAUACUAUGGACAAUACGACCUCCUUUGUAGAAAGAUCUUCGGACUCAGUUUGGAACCAAAUACCAAAUACCAAAUUGUUCCUAAUGCAUUAGAAAUCUUCAGUACAAGUACAAGAGAUCCUGUCUUCUUUAGCAUGUACAAGAACGUCGUCACCUACUUAUUAAAUUACAAAAAGAACAUGCCUAGCUAUACACAAGAAGAACUUAGUUUCCCUGGUGUCAUGAUUGAAUCUGUUGCCGUAGACAAAUUAAUGACAUACUUUGAUCACUUCGAAUCUAUGAUCAACAAUGCUGUUUCAGUACAAAAUCACAAAGAAGCUCAAUCCACGUUGAUCAAGGCACGUCAAAAUCGUCUCAAUCAUAAGCCUUUCACUUAUCACAUUACCGUAAACAGCGACAAGGUUGUAAAAGCUGUAGUACGUGUGUUCCUUGGACCCAAAUACAGUGUACAUGGCCACGAAGUUGAUAUCAGUGAGAAUUACAUGAACUUCAUGGAAUUAGACCAAUGGAUAGUUGACCUCAAAGUUGGUACCAAUAAGGUCGAACGAAGCAGCCAUGAAUCAAUCUACGUUGCUCCCGAUGACGUUCCUAGUGAAUUACUCUACAAGAAAAUGCUGAAGGCCAUCGAUGGUGUGGAGACAUACGUCUAUACCACGAAACUUUACGGAUUCCCAGACCGUCUGAUGCUUCCUAAAGGAAAGAAAGAAGGCAUGCCGUUCAAACUCUUCGUACACAUUGCGCCAGUUGAUGAGACCAAAUCCUUCAAGGUUGACUUGCCAAUCUGGGGAACUUCUGUCAUGGAUGGACGUCCAAUGGGUUUCCCAUUGGACAAGCCAGUUCAAGCUUACAACUUUACUUUAUCUAAUCUUCAUUUCAAGGAUGUCCUUAUCUUCCAUAAGCAACUCGAUGAAAUGAACGUUACCGUCUAAAACAUUCUUAAUUAAAUUGUUUGAAUUUUUUAUAAGAGAUACAUCAAAGAGAAUCAAAGAAAAAAGACUGCAGAGUUCUCGCUAAAAGCACAUGGAAUAUUUAUCUCCGUUAAUUUCUUCUACAGAGCGUUGAAAUGUUUUCAAUAAAAUUUCCGAUUUAUAAUUGACACCUAAAAGUUCGGUAGUUUUCUUUUUACGUAUACUAGUCCUAUUUUAUUUUUCUUGUGCGAUAACAUGAAAGAAAAAAAAAAACAUAAAAAUAGAUCAAAAGAUGAUUUAAGCAUGUGACUCGUCAGUAGAUUGAGAAAAAUCCGGAUCCAUGCAAACUACGGGGUCAUAAUUAACAAGAAGUUCAUGCAAAUGAUUAAGCGUAAGUCUAGCUUUUAUCGGAAUUAUGAGAGCGAAGAUGCGAUAAUAAUGAUAGGUAUGUUGUUAUCUGGGACAAUUAUAUCCAAUUUUUUUAUUAUUGAGAAUAAAUAUGCUGAUA